CGCUUAAAACAUCAUCUCUCUUUCUCUCGGCUUUUGUAACAGAGGCAUCACGCGGUGCCUCUGUACCUUUCUCGCUCGACUCUUCUGCAUCUCUUCAGCUAACAUUCUGCUUGAGAAUAAUGACGGCGAAUGAUGUUUCCUCUGGUGUUUCCAAUUGCUAUGUGUUCAAGAGCCGGUUGCAGGAAUAUGCUCAGAGAUACAAGCUACCAACGCCUCUCUACGAGACUAUCAAAGAAGGCCCUUCCCACAAACCUCUCUUUCAGUCUACAGUGAUUGUCAAUGAUGUCAGAUAUGAUUCCUUGCCUGGAUUCUUCAACCGUAAGGCUGCUGAGCAAUCAGCUGCCGAGGUUGCUCUCCAGGAAUUAGCAAAAUCCAGUGACCUAACCCAAUGUGUUUCACUACCUGUUCACGAGAUGGGAUUAUGCAAGAACCUUCUUCAAGAGUACACUCAAAAGAUGAACUACGCGAUUCCACUCUAUCAGUGCCAAAGGAGCGAGACUCUCGGGAGAGCUCCACAGUUCACAUGUACUGUGGAGAUCGGUGGCAUAAAGUACACAGGAGCUGCAACAAAGACUAAAAAAGAGGCUGAGAUAAGCGCUGGAAGAACAGCGCUUAUAGCGAUCCAGUCAGAAUCUAAAAUUGACCUUGCCAACAACUACAGCACUCAGCUUACUGUACUUCCUUGCGAGAAGAAGACAGUAGAGGUAGCAAGCCCGGUGAAAGAAACCAUCAUCAAGACUCCAAAAGCCAGGAGAGCUCAGUUCAAGAAGAAGGCUAGGAAAGGAAAGCUCAAAGUAGCUAAGGAUCUUCUUGAAGACAGUACCGUCCCUCCUCAACCUACUGAACAUUGUGUAAACGAGCAGCCAGAGAAUGCUGAGACAAUGAUAAAUAUGGAACCUUCUUCAUGCAUGAACGGGUUUAAGGAGGCAGUAGUAGUUGCUAGUGUGGAGACAGAAGCAAGCCAAGCAUAACUGUCUCAAGAUGGAGUCUUUGUGAGUGUAAUUGUUUAUGCAAGCCAUUUUGGUCUGUUUAGUUAUACAAGAUCAUGACAAUAGUGUUAUUUUGUUUUAGUAUUAAGAUACAUGAAGCUACUUUGGUCAUGAAUAGAAGACCUUCAUCUCUA